AAUCACAGCGAGGCAAAGCGACAUGGACGUUCGAGCUGCGCCGAGAUUCUGAGGGGAAACACUGUAAGCAGCGCGAGAGAAAAGAAAAAGAGACAACUUUAUCCACUUUACUCGCUUUCUGUCAGGACAGUUGACAUUUUCAUGAUUAGUAAGUCAGAGUAAUGACAAUGCUGGGCAUGUACGUGCCAGACAGGUUCGCUCUGAAGUCCUCCACAGUCCAGGACGGAGUCGGGCUGUACACUGCGAGACGAGUCAAGAAGGGAGAGAAGUUCGGACCGUUCGCGGGCGAGAAGAGGAUGCCUGGUGAUCUGGAUGAGAGCAUGGACCCGAGGCUGAUGUGGGAGGUUCGAGGGAACAGAGGUGACGUUCUGUACAUACUGGACGCCAGCAACCCUCGACACGCUAACUGGCUGCGCUUCGUGCACCAAGCGCCGUCUCAGGAGCAGAAGAACCUGGCUGCCAUCCAGGACGGGGAGAAUAUCUUUUACCUCGCCGUGGACGACAUCGAGACGGACACAGAGCUCCUCAUCGGCUACCUGGACAGCGACAUGGAGGAGGAAGAGGAGGACGAGAUCAUCAAAGAGGAAGAAGAAGAAAGCAAAGAGGCCAAGAGCGUCGGCACUCAGCCAGAGUCAGUGAUGAAGCAGGAAGAUCACCAGUGUCUGCUGUGUGAGAGCAGUUUUCCCAGUGAGGAGGUUCUGGCUGAACAUCUGCAGAGUUUACACCAGCGAGCCAGCGCCGAGGACAAAGAGUUCAAGUGCCGCAACUGUGGCAAAGAGUUCCCCGUCAAACAGGCACUGCAGCGCCACGUUCUCCACUGCACUGAGAGUUCUGUUUCAGCUGGAGAUGCUUCCCGAGUUCACCAGUGUGCUCUCUGUCACUGCUCCUUCAGCUCUGAGUCCAGCUUUGAACAGCACAAGGAAGCCUGUAAGGGGGAAGCCAGGUUUAUCUGUAAGGCCGAGAGCUGCGGGAAGAGAUUCAAGAGCAAAGACGCACUGAAGAAGCACAAAAGCAACGUCCACACAGGCAGCACUCGCAGGAAGCUCAUAUGCACCAUCUGCAACAGAAAAUGCUCGUCUUCAGUCAACCUGCAGGAGCACCGCAAGGUCCAUGAGAUAUUCGACUGCUCUGCCUGCGACAAGAAGUUCAUCUCAACCAAUCAGCUGAAGCGCCAUAUGAUCACACAUUCCGAGAAGCGACCCUACAUUUGUGAGAUCUGCAAUCGCAGCUUCAAGCGCUUGGACCAGGUGACGGCUCAUAAAAUCAUCCACAGCGAGGACAAACCGUACAAGUGCAAGCUGUGCUGGAAAGAGUUCGCUCAUCGUAAUGUCUACAAGAACCACAAGAAGACACACUCAGAGGAGAGGCCAUUUCAGUGUGAGGAGUGUAAGGCUUUGUUUCGGACACCGUUCUCCCUCCAGCGCCAUCUCCUCAUCCACAACAGUGAGAGGACGUUCAAGUGCGACCAGUGCGACGCCACGUUUAAGCGCAAGGACACGCUGAACGUACACAUACAGGUGGUACAUGACGGACACAAGAAGUACAAGUGUGACCUGUGCGAGAAAGCCUUCGUCACGCCGUCCGUGCUCAAGAGCCACAAGAAGACUCACACUGGAGAGAAGGAGAAGAUCUGUCCUUACUGCGGUCAGAAGUUCGCCAGCAACGGGACCCUGAGAGUGCACAUUCGCAGCCAUACAGGUGAACGCCCUUACCAGUGCCCGUACUGUGACAAGGCCUUCAGCAAGAACGAUGGACUGAAGAUGCACAUACGAACACACACUCGGGAGAAGCCGUAUAAAUGCAGCGAGUGCAACAAGGCCUUCAGUCAGAAGCGAGGUCUGGAUGAACACAUGCGCACACACACCGGAGAGAAGCCCUUCCAAUGUGACGUUUGUGACCUGUCGUUCAGUCUGAAGAAGAUGCUGAUCCGCCACAAGCUCACCCACAACCCCAACCGGCCCAUGGCCGAGUGCUCGCUCUGCCACAAGAAGUUCACCCGCAACGACUACCUCAAAGUGCACAUGGAGAACGUCCACGGAGAGACGGAAAGCUAGAGACAGGUCACACGCCUCCGGAUACGGACCCACGCACACACACGUUCAUUUUACUAUCUUCAUAAAGACCUCAUAAGUAUUAUUAACGUAGCCAGGUAACACCUAAAUCUGGUCGCUACUACAAUAUAAAAACAUGCUCCUACACACUCACACACGCGCUCACAUGGUUAGAAAUGUACACACGCGUACACAAAAACGACAGCAAGUGAAAAUAUCUUAAGCUAUCUAGUAUUACAGAUUGUAAUUCUUAUUACAGAUGAUCAUUAAACUUAUAUAUAUUGUAUUUAUACAAAGAAGCAAAAUUAUCUACCCAUAAAAUAAGAAGAUUUAAAGCUAGAUAAUAAAUAACCGUGUAUUAUUUUUACAUAUUAUUAAUAUUAGAUAAAUGUGCCUAUAUUCAAGAUAUUUUCACUCGCUAAGAUGUUUUUUUUUGCAGUAUAGUAUUGCAUUAUGUCAGUGUUAAAUAGCGUUUUUGGUUGGGUUUUUUUUUUUUUUUUUUUUUAAUGCAGCCCGAAUCCUUGUUAUUUAUCCAUACAGAGCAGAAUUUCUAGGGGGUAAACCCUGUUACAGCACAGGACAAUCACACGGAUAUUUCAACCAGAGAGCCUGACUUUGUAUUAACGAUCGUCCGGCUAGAAAUGAAAAUAUACAAGAGGGUACCCCUUGAAGCCUGCACUCUUCAUGUAAUGUUUACAUAUAAUUAAGUUUCUUGAGUUUUCCACUUCUUUCUACAAAGUCAGUAAGGAAUAAAACACCAGUGCGCAUGCCAUUCUAGGAAACGAAUCGGUGACCGGGUGGUGCGACGUGGCCCGACAUGAAGCACGGUCACUGCCACCUCUCUGAAAUGAAUUCACGCCAUUUAAACGAUUAUUAUAUCUUCAGGGAAUCCGUUGAGCCGUCGAACACGUAGCUUGUUAAAUACUACCACUCCGAAGUCGAUCGCUUUCUAAACGAUGUGCACGACGACGUGUUUUAUUCCUCUGACGCCUGAGCAGUUUGCCAAAGAUUCCAAGAAAACGUUAAUUUAUUAAAGAAAGACGUACGAUUUUGUCCGUUUGCAUCCCGGUACAUUUUACUGGGCACCGUGUCACCGGGAAGGAUGACGUUUCACUCGUCGUCCGUGUUGUACUUACACUUUUCCACGCAAUAAUGUUUCUCCACAUUAACUGGUGCAGAAAUAAUGAGAGAAAUGCAAUAAGAAGAGUAUUUUGUGUUAUGCAGUAUUUAUGUUACAUAUGUUACAAGGUACAGAUACAUUCCUUUAUUAAAGUGUCAGUAUUUUUGUAUGUUACGCUUAUUAUUAUUAUUAUUAUUAUUAUUAUUAUUAUUAUUAUUAUUA